AUGAGAUACCAGAGAGUGAGACCAGAAAGUGAGAGACCAGAGAGUGAGAGACCAGAGAGUGAGAGACGGGGUGUUGUGUGGGUGUUUUGUUUUUGUUUGUUGGGUGGUGUGUGUGGUUGUUGUGUUGGGUUGGUGGUUUUGUUGGGGUUUGUUUGGUGUGUGUGGGGUGUUGUGGGGGUUGUUGGUUGGUUGGUGGUGUGUGUUUUGUGUGUUGGGGGUGGUUUGUGGUUUGGGUUGGGUUUGUGUGGUGGGGGGUGGGUUGUUUUUUUUGGUUAUUUUUUGGGUUGGGUGUGUGUGUGGGGGUUUGGUGAUGGGUUUGAGAGUGAUGUGGUGUGUUGGGGGGGGGGGGGGUAUUGUGGGUUGGUGGUGGGUGUUGGUUGGGGUGGGUGGUGGGUGGGGUGUUGGUGUUGGGGGGGUGGUGGGGAUGGGGGGGUUGGGUUUGGGGUGUGUUGUGGUGGGUGUGUAGUUGGGGGGGUUGGUGGUGGGUAUGUUAGGGGGGGGUUGUUUGGGUGUGGUGUAGGUGGGGUGGUGGGGGGUUGUUGUGGUGGGGGUGGUUGUGGUUGGGUUUUGUGGUGGUGUGGGGGUUUUUUUUGGUUGUGGUGGGGGUGUUUGGGGGGGUUGGGUUGGUUUUUUUUUGGUUGGGGGGGGGGGGGGGGUGGGGGGUGGUUGUUUGGGGUUGUUGUGUUUGGGGUUUUUGGGGGGGGGUGGUUGUGGUGGUGGGGGGGGUGGGGUGGGGGUGUAGGUUUGGUGGGGUGGUUGGGUUGGGUGGGUUGUGUGGGUUGGGUGGGGGGGGGGAUUUGUUGUGGUGAUGGUGGGGGGUGGUGGUGGGGGUUUGUGUGGGGGGGGGGGGGGGGGGGGGGGGUGGGGUUUAGUGGUGUUUGGUGUGUGAGGGGGGUGUUGGGGGGGGGGUGGGUGGUGUGUGUGUGGGGGUGGUGUGUUGUUGGGGUGGGGUGGGGUGUUUUGUGGGGUUUGUGGGGGGGGGGUGGGGGGGGGGGGGGGGGGGUUGGUGGGUGUUUGUGGGGGGGGGUGAGUUUGUUUUGGUGUUUUGUGUGUGUUGGUUUUGGGGGGUGUGUUUGGGGUUGGUUGGGUUUUAGGUGUAUUUUUUAUUGGUGGGGGGUGUUUGUUGUGGAUGGUGUGUUGUGGUUUUGGGGUGGUGUGUUGGGUGUUUGGGUUAGAGUGGGGGGUUUGUUUUGUGUGGUAGGGUUUGUGUGGUUGUUUGGGUUGAGGGUUGGGGGUUGUGGGGUUGGUGGGGUUGGGUGUGGGGGUGGGGGUGGUGUUGGUGGUUUUGUUUUGUGUUUGUGUUUGGGUGUUGUGUUUUGUGGGGUUGGUUUUUUUUUGUGGGGGGAUGUGGGGGGGGGGGUGGUGGUUUGGGGGGUUUGGGGGUGGGUGGUGUGGGGGUUGGGGUUUGUUGUGUGGUUGUGUGGGGGGGGUGGGGGUGGUUUGUGUGUUUGUUGGGUUGGUGGGGGUGGGGUGGUUGUGGUUGGUGGGGAGGUGGGGGGGAUGGGGGGGUGA